AUGGCAAAAGGUGAUGAAUUGCAUGGUUUUCCGGACGAUGGCUUUGAUCGAAAAAUCGAACAGAACAAUCCUCGAUAUUUGGCAACAGAAGCGGUCACCGUGAUGGUUAGGAGAGUGUUCACUAAGUUCAAGCAGGAUUGCCUCGAAAGCCUUUUUUCGGAAAUUCGACGGCGCUGUGGGAGUAACGACACCCCAGAUAGUUUACAGUUUGAGGCGGCAUUCAAAUACGCUUGUAUUGAAGCCGGCAGUUGUCCCAGAGAAGGAAAACAUUGUGAAAAGGACGAUUCAGAGCCGUUGUUGUCAACAACCGAACUGGACACGGGCAAACACAUCACCAAUGCGAAUCCGAAGGCGAAUCUACUUUCACCACCCACCACCACCACCCAUCGCCGGUUUCUUCCCGCUGUGGCGGAUGCUUAA